AUGAAGUGUCCGCUCUACAUGAAAUGGACCGAUUAUCAUCUGAGAUGGAAUCCGGUACAGUACGACAAUAUUCAGUUGCUUAUCGUUCCGAGCUCGAUGGUAUGGCUGCCAGAUAUCGUGUUGUGUAACAAUGCCGAUGGUAAUUACGAGGUCUCGUUUUACUCGAACGUCAGGGUGGAGUCAAACGGUGACGUGUUGUGGGUGCCGCCAGCGAUAUACAAGAGCACCUGUACGAUGAACGUUCAGUACUUCCCAUUCGACGAGCAGACAUGCCAGAUGGUUUUCAGGUCGUGGACGUACUCGAAGGAGGAGCUGAAGCUGAGCUGGCGCAGUGGCAAAAAAUUCGUCGAGUUAGAGGUCUAUUCGCCCAGCAGCAUUUGGGACAUCACUGACGCACCAGGUGCUCUGUCGGACUCUGACUCGAAGCUGAUCUUCUUCUUGUUCAUUCGGCGCAAGCCAUUGUUUUACACGGUCAUGCUCAUCGUACCGACCAUACUCAUGGCAUACAUGACCGUCAUGGUGUUCUACCUGCCGGCAGCCGUAUCGGAAAAGAUGACCUUAACCGUAAACCUGCUGUUGGCUCUGGUGGUGUUGCUGCUGCUGGUGUCCAAGAUCAUGCCGUCCAACUCGGACGCCAUUCCGUUGAUUGCCAAGUACUUGCUGUUGACCUUCGCAAUGAACAUUGGAGCCAUCAUGAUGACCAUCGUGGUGACCAAUGUGUUUUUCCGUCGUCAGACGAUGCAUCGUAUGCCUGGAUUCAUCCGCACGUUGUUUCUGCGACAGCUGCCGAAAUUUCUGCUGAUGACGCCUUAUUCGUCGACAUUCCGCCGUUUCAGGCAGCAGACCUCACCGCCCUUAACCAGAAGUUGUCCUGGUCCGGUGAUCGACAGAUCGCUGCUGUUGAACGACUGGUGUCACUCUCUGAGCCGUGGCCACGAAAACCAACGAUCAACCAUAAACACGGAUCGAACGGCGAACGAUGUGGGCCAGAAAUUACAGCCAGUGUGCGGUAUCUCGCCAGAUUUAUUCAAUACCGUCAAUUCGCUGUACGUCAUUUCGCAGUACUUCUACUACAACGAGGCUUUCGACGAAGGCAGGGAAGAAUGGAAGUACGUGGCGGUGGUCCUUGAUCGCCUGCUGUUGUACACGUUCCUCGGGCUGACUCUCGGAGGCACCGUCCAGAUCCUGUUCAGUGCACCGAACAUGUUCGAGUUCAUCGACCAGAACGAGAUCAUCGAUCGAAUGAACUUAAAGUACAAUGCCAUGGUUAAUUAA